UUCCUGCUCAGUAGCACACUUUCAUCGGGUCGAGGAAAGUGAGUAAGUCUCUGCCGCUAUAUUCCCAUAGUGCGGAGAGGAGUGGCGCGACGAGGAGAUACGAAGAGGAAGAAACUAGCCUGGAACAGAGAAAGGACCAUAAACGAAGAAAGAAAGACAACAACGAAGAAGGGAAUAUACAGGUUGAAUUGGAAGAAACGAGAAAGUACAAUACAAUACAAAGUUGCUUUUGCUGCUGUUCUGCGUCAGGGCGAUAUAGACCAUAAGCAGGGAUACGAGGUUUUCAAUAUAUCUGAGGACGAAACCGAAAGGAAACGUGUAGCGUCGUCGUGGCAGUGGCCAACCGAUCAUGAGCGGUAACGAGGAGCCUAUGGCAUUAACUACACCACCUGCUAUUCAUGUAGGACCUAUCGUUACGCCCGGAUCGAACGAAACAAUUUCCAUUGUAAUACCGUUAUCGGCACAGUUGACUACAGUUGCCAGUCAAAGUACUGAUCAGUCCUGUAAGGAUUGUGGCAAGGAUAUGAAGAAGAGCGCUACUCCGAGUACAACAGUGUGGCAAAGGCCGGCAAAUACCAAGGGAUGUCCUUUUCCUACUUGUAGCAGGUAUGGUAGAGCCUUCUCCAGGGCUCAUGAUCUCAAGAGACACAUAGCACGACAUGAGAUGAGAAAGGAAAGAUUGUCAGAGAUUGAAAGGGCUGAAAUACGUAAUUGCUCUGAAUGUGGACAAAAUUUUGCUAAUGAGAUUGUACUCAGGAAGCAUGCACAGUGCCAUUUGAAACGUGGUGAUGUUCAGGAUACCAAUGGGGAGGUCAAAUGGUACUUCUGUCAUUUGUGCAAGAAGAGAUACACACAGGAGAGUAAAUUGAAGGCACACAUAUCGGCACAUAAUAAGAAAGCUGUAUGCAACAUAUGUGCUCUGUGCGGUUCCCGAUUCGACCGCGAGGAGCUUCUCCAGAAUCACAUGAAGGAACAUACCAGUAGUAUCCUGCAGGCACAGGCUGCCUUCGGGAAACUUGAUGGUACCCAGCAAGUUGCAUUACAAGGAGAUGGAGAAUUCUUACUCGAAGAGAUGCUUCUAUUGAAUAAGAAGACCAAAGCCGUUUCUGUGGCUACCACAAAAGCUGAAGCCAGCGCAAAUUCAAAUAAGAUUCGUUGCGAUUAUUGCUCUAAGACUUUCAAAUCAAAAUGGACUCUGAACUCUCAUGUAGCAGCUCACGAGGGACGAUUUCAGUUUGAUUGCGGUCAAUGUGGUAAGCGAUUCGUUAGGAAGAGCCAUUUCGAGGGUCACGUACGCUCUCACGAAGCUGCCCGGCCCUAUGUUUGCGAACAAUGUGGAAAGACCUUUAAGGAACUAAAGCAUCGACGAGAGCAUACCAAACGGAAACAUCCGGGAAACCAAAAUGCCAUCCAAAGUCUUUUGGAUAGCAUUACAGCCUGCGUUGCUGAAGAAACUGCAACGCCUGAUCAGCCAAAGUUCACAUUACUUAUGCCUAUGGAUUUUAAUGUUUAGAAUUAAGCAAGUGACUCGAAUGAACGUCCUAAACGUGUCUUCGAAGAUGAACAGUAUCUCCGUGAAAUCAGAACAUGUUUGUGUAUAAAAAAAAUUAGAUAUAACAAAUAGCCAAUCGUGAUGUGCAAUAGAGAGAAAAGGUAAUGUUAAGAGUAGAAUUCACCGAAAUCAGUUAGUACUUUGUCUCAGUGUAAUCGCGUUAUACUUAUUUUCGUACAAAAUCUUCUACCUAUGCUUGGGCGGGUCUUUUUGAAACAUUUUCGAUAACCAAAGAGUAAAUGAAAUUUCUAGAGAAAGUUGCCAUCCUUACGUAAAUGAUUUCGGUUUUUGAUAGCAGCCGAUCACUAUGUGCUAUAACGUGUCAUCUGUAUCUGUUUAUAUUACAUGUCAUAAUAAAUACGUAUAUAUAUUUUUA